GGAGCUAACUUGCCGUGUACUGAGAGCUAUGUGUAUGAUGUGAAUGUAUUUAAUAGAGCAGGAUCUUCCUCCUCUCUAUUCCCCAGCCCUUCUCCAACUGUUACAGUUUCCUCAAGCUCUGCUAGUUUUUAUUCAAGGAAUAAAAAAUUCUUCAUAAUAGUAGGAGGAGUAGUUGGAGGAUGUAUUUUAUUAGCAGUGUUCAUUACCUGCUUCACUUGCUGUUACUGUUACUGUAGAAAGCAGAAACGUAAAAGGGAGCAGCAGCAACAACGACUGAUAACACAAGUACAUGAACAUGAGGAACAGACUGUCAAGCUCCUUGACGAUGAAGAGGAGUCAGUCACUAGUGAGAAGACAAUCGUACAAAGCCUUAUGCCCAACAAACCUUACGACGAAGAAAGAAUGAAGAAAUACCUUGAUGAUCAGUACCGGAGCAGACAGUACCUACGAGAUAUAGAAGAGGGCGAAGACCAUACUGAGUUAGAGCUGGGGGACAAGGAGGAACAGAGGCCUAACGGUCAACAGCCGCCUCCCCCUCUUUUUGUAGGAGCUCAGAAACAAAAGAAAUCAACAAUCACUCAUUUAGCAUCUAAUAAUGAAGAAUCGAACAUGUCGUUUGGAGGUGACAGGGUCCAUAAGUUAUCACCUUCAGCUAAUCCACCUGGAGUAACAGUAUCAGUGAUGUUACCUCCUCCUUCCUCUCUCUUCCCUUCUUCUUUCCAGGAUGAUAAUGGCUAUACUCAUCACCAAGACUUUCACACGACGAGAGAAGGCGCGGCUGCAUUAAACAAGACCACACCCACCUCUACAAAACUCAAUGACAUUGAAUUAGAUUUGUUGAUUAGCCCUGAAGAUGAGGUCCCACCCAUCACCACACCUACCACUGUAUCAAUGCUAUCUUUAAAUAAUAAUAACGCCCCAUCAACUAUUGGAGGGUUAAAUGUUAUGCAACAUCCUCCAAUUAACAUUCAAACUAGUGAUUACCUUCCUAGUUUUCCAUUGCAAGCUCCACCUACUCAUACACGCCCACCUACUGGUCGCUCAACUGAAAACACACCCAUACCAUCAAAUAGCUCUUCGCUAUUGUCACUAGCUACAGUUGAAGGUCAGGGGGGCGGUACCAGCAGUGGGAACGAGAGCAAGCAGAGCAAGGAUAGCUGCUUAGAGCCUCCGGGCAGUUUUGAGAGGAACAUUAGGAAAAAUGAAAUGUUGAAUCAGGGACGUAGGCGCAUGAGGGAAGGGUCCAGGAGAACGAAAGGAGGAAGGAAAUCAAGUUCAAGGCAGUCGUUUGCUUCUCGUUCUCUCUCCAACAGAAGCAGCAGUUCUUCUGGUAUAUUAUCUUCGGGCGGUUCCACUGAUUCCGUGUUCUUAUCAAAUCCUUCAAUCAUUCGUGAUCCUCCUCGCCAUCCCUCUAAUCUAUCUCUUACUAAAACAUCAUCCGGUGGCUGUCCUCUGCCCACGGGGGCUGGUCCUUCAAGGACGAGGAGGUCCAGUGGGUUUGAGUCUGAUCCUAACACACCGAAAUCAGCUCAAAGCAUUGAAGGACAGAAUAAAGGAGGACUAGACGUGGGGACGACCUUUUUCCCUUUUCCUCCUACUACUUUAUCGAGUACUAUAAAUGGAAGUCAGAACUCUUUGACAGCUUUGCCACAGAAAGACACGAUUGCUCUGCAGCAAUCUGUGGUUGGUGAUUAUAUAGUUGAAGCUAAUAAUGUAACAGGAAUGAACGUAAUGUCUGAUCAAACUAAAUUUCCGAUAUCAGCAAUCAAUGCAGAGUAUAUUAGUGAACCAACCUGGCCUCCUCCUCCUUUCUCUUAUCAAAAGAAUACUCGAUCUAUUUCUCCUCCUCCUCUCUCUCCUCAUCUUCUUUCUCCCCCGUCUAUCUCUCCUUUAUCUCCAUCUCCUCCAACUUCUCCAUUCUCUUUCUCUCCUCCAGUCUCACCUACUAAAUCUUUCUCUACUGGAUUAAAUCAACUAAAACCAGCAACUCUACCUUCAACUAAUGCUAGUAGAAGAUCAUCAGUGGAAGAUACAAAAAGAAGAUCCUCACUCCAGCUUACUCCAGUUCAAGAACUCUUAAAUAUGAAGAGGAAUUCUCUUGAUUCAACUAACGUUCAUACACCAUCACUUUCUACUAGUAGUAGCUUCAUGACAUUACAGCAUCAAACUCCGAAAACUCCUACUACUACAACAUUCUCCUCUAAUUUCUCUCCCUCUCCUUUCUCUUCUCUCUCCUUUCCUCCUUUAACUCCCACACCAUCUACUAAUUCUUCGUUACCUUGUCCAGCAACUCAAGCUAGCACUUCAUCAUCAUUAUACUCGACUGUGUCACAGUUAACGCCAUUAAAAUCAAUGGGUUCAGUAUCAAAAUCAGCGAUGAAUCAACCAGUAGGACCACCUUUGUUCUCUACACCAUUGGGAUCGCUAUCAAGCUCAAAAUCAGGAGCUUCAUUUGGCUUAAAUAUGAGCCAAUUUGGAUCAAAUGCAACAGGAACAGAUUAUCUACCUGCAGUCCCUCCAGUAUCUCCAACAAGAAUUAAUUUAAAGCAACCAUCAGUUGUACCUACAGCUCCUCUCAUUAAUGGAGGAAUGAGAAGACAGAAUACAGAGGAAAAUACUAGCUACUCUAGUAGUGGAAGGAAUGAUAGUAGAAAGCAAUCACUGGAUUAUGUAGCUAACAACAGUGGUUCUAAUCCCUUUACUGUUCCUCUCUCUUCUUUCUAUGCUGCUAAUGUGACUAGCACUACUGCAGCUCAAUCUAGCACUAUUCUUACAAGACAGAGUCCUACAACUCCUUCCUAUACUGGUAUACCAUCUCUUUACUCUUUUAAGAGUUCAGAGCAAAAAUCACAUCCAACUUCAUCCAGCUAUACAACCGAUCAUGCAUACUUAAAGGUAGCUGAUUCUACAGUAUCUCAAUCACAGCAGCUACUAGACAAUGGAGGACUACAGUCUAUUAUAAAUGAUGAGUUGCCAUCAUUGCCCCCAGAGUUAGCAACUGUUCCAGUUACACCUACUCGUACUGAUAGUGUUACUAGUGAAGUCGAUGAUUCAUACAGUAUUCCUAGCAUGACCAGUUCAAUACAAGAACUGAUUAAUAAUAACCAGGAGGAGGAAGGAGAUUCAAUGCCAUUUUCAAUAGAGCAGUUUACUGAUGAGUCACCAUCAGCUGCUAGGACUAAUGACUAUAUCUCUUAAUUUAUUCUUUUGUCAUUUUAAUUUUCUGCCUUCCCCCUGUUUCAGUCUUGAUCAUUUUUUGAUUUAUUUCUAAUUUUA